AUGGCUGCAAUUCAGAUUUGUCAUUGCUUCCAAACCAAAACCAGUUCUUCAAGAACCCCAAAAAUCCCACAAAAGAAUGAUCACAGAACUUCCAUCUCCGUUUCUUGCCGAAGCAGAGGAUCGUCAUCCAGCAAUCCAGUAGAUGCAGAGGAUCAUCAAGUUGCAAAGGAAGAAAAGACGGUAAAAAAGACAACUUUGCGUCAUCAUCAGGUUAUGAUGAUGAGUGUAGACAAGUUUGGGAAGGAAUUGAGGGAGAAUCUGAGUCCAAAGCAGAAGGGUGAUUGGAAAGAUUUGACAUAUAUGUGCUUGUCAUUUGCUCUGUAUGUGUAUAUAUCUCAGAAGCUUGUUUGUGCUUACUGUGCUUGGACCUCCAUCACCAAAUUGCCUUGGUAG